GUUUAUUUCAGAACGUGUCACUUCAGCAUAGAUUAAAGCGUUGCAAGUGAUAUCGAUUUUCCACAACGAGAGGUGGCAGAGUUUGCAUCCACCAUGGGAAGGUCAAGAUCCCGCAGCAGAAGUUACGGCCGUGGCCGAAGGAGCAGGAGUAAUAGUUAUGACAGUCGCAGCCCGUCUCCUGAGGACGGCUUCCGUGUCCAUGUAUCAGACCUGGGCAUUGAGCCGUCCAAACGGGAAAUAGAACGAAGUUUUGAUAAGUUCGGUCCUAUCAUGGAGGUAUGGGUGGCCAGAAAUCCUCCCUGUUUUGCAUUUAUAGUUUACAGGUACAAGGAGGAUGCAGAAAGAGCCAUACGGGAAAUGGACGGCAAAACAAUGUCUGGAGGACGGGUACGCUGUUCGUUUGCACGUCCGCGAACCCGUGGCAGACGAAGCCGUGGCUUUGACCCAAAUUUGAGGUGUUACACAUGCGGAGAGAAGGGCCACUUCUCACGAGAUUGUAUAGAAAUAUGGAGACAACGGCGACGUAACAACAGCAGAGAACGCCCUGUUAGACGACGGAGUAAAUCAAAGUCGCGAUCAAGGUCAAGAGACAGGUCGCGUCGCUCAAGGAAGAGCAGAAGUCAUAGUAGACGAAAGAGCAGGAGUGGCAGUCGGCGGAGGUCAAGGAGUAAGCACAGGUCUAGGAGUAGGAGCAAGAAGAGGAGCAAACACAGCAGGAGCAGGUCAAGGUCAAACUCCAAGUCAAAGAGAAGGAAGAGGGAUAGAAGUAGGACACCUGAGGAUAAACAUCGGGACAAAAAGGAGGAUAGAGCGAAGGACAAACAACAGAAUGAUAAACAGGAAGAGGAGCCUGAUAAAGCAGACACCACAGAGGGUAACAGGUCUCGAUCCCACAGUCCAGAAAAUGAAGCAAAUGGAAGUCCUGCAAGGGAAAGGUCAAGGUCACACUCCAGAGAGGAAAGGUCACGUUCACGCAAUAGAGAGGAAAGGUCAAGGUCACACUCGAGGGAAAGGUCAAUAUCUCCAGAAGGACGCAAUGAAGACAAAUCCAGAUCAGUCAGCCGUAGUCCUAGAAAUUCACGGUCUUUGUCAAAGAGUCCAGAGGUCAAAGGUGAGGAUGAAGAUAAUGCAGAUACCAUGGAAACUGCUGAGGAUGCUGAUUAACCCACUCAAAGGGAUCUCCAUGGAUAGGUAACACAUGUGCAGGACUAAAGAAUCUGAUGGAUUUUACCAACUUUGAUGAGGAAAGGAAGUUUGUUCUGUUUCUGUGUUCUUUUCUGCUUUGACAACUCAAAGCAAUCUCGUGUAAUUGUAAGAUGUGAACAAUAAUUUGUUUGUCUUUGAAAAAGGACAUUUCAGAAGAAAAAAAACCUUUUUAAAACUGUGAAAUACAUUUUACAUACAUACUUGUUCUAACUCUACAACAUAAGACUUUUGUAUUACAUUCAUGGUUUCCAGGAAUAAAAUGGAACCACUGAUAUCAGUGUGCUACCUAAUAACUUACUGACUUAAAUUUACACAUACCAGGUAAAUGAAAGUUUGUAGCAACAAAACGGCUUACAAGCGUUAAUGGAUCCCCAAAAGGCGGUACCUACAUUACUCUAAAAAGGAGUUGUAAUCUUCUUCCUUAGAACCAUAAAUACCAUUCUGAUACCACAAUGGGGAAAGUAUUAUUGUUGAUUGUUGUGAAAAUGUUACCUUACAGAUAUUAUAAUAGACACUAUUUUUCAGCAUACUCAGAGAAACAGAAUUGAAACUCAUUCUGUAGAUGUUCAGACUGUAACAAAUAAUCAGAAUUUGUUAUUGAAACAAAAUUCUCUCUUAUUGAUGAACAUGAAAGAUAUGUUCAUAGAUACGGGGAAAAAACCAGUCACUACUACGCACAGUAGAGAAAUCCUGAGGAUGACCACACUGGACGCUGGACACAGUAAUGCUAUAGCAAUUCCAAAGUCCACUUAUAAAUAGUUAAGCAGGAUGUUUUUUAUAUAUAAAAAAAAAACUAGGAAUAGUGAUUUGUGCUUUCUAAAAGAUUGUGAAGUCCUUCUUUAAGAGAACCAGGGAUAAUUUUGCAACCCUGGUUUUAGAACUUGUACAAAUGAAAUAUGCUGUUCAUGUUUAUUAUAAAAAGUCAGGAAACAUCAGAUUUCCAUGAAUAGAGUCCGUUUUCAUGGUGUUUUUUGAUAACAGGCAGUGUAUUUAACGUCAUAUGUCAUCAUAUAGGUACAGUAUCUUAUUUCUUAUGGCAGUGGUUAGGUACUACAAUAGGAAUCUGAUGUUUUGUCUGUAAAUCCAGAUAGAAAGAUGAAAAAAGAUAUUUCUUCUUUAUUAUCUAAUAUAGAUAGAAUAAACAGCUUUAUUUUUGUUUUUUCUAUAAAGUUUAUAUCAGAUUCCUUCGGUACUACAUACAAAUGAAACAUGUAUUCAGAAUAGUAAAACCUCAAAUUCAAAUUUUUUCUUGAAAAAUAGUACCUAUUAAUCAUGUAACACAAAUUUUCAAAGGAAAUUCAUUUUUUUUAUUUUUUUUUGCUGAUGUUACAGACAAUGGUUCUUUUAUUAUAUAAGUAUGCAGUAAAACCUGUUUCAGAAGGACACACUUGUUACAGUUCAAAGUUUUAAAGGAAGUCAAGCGCUUGUCCUAUAGUAAAGGAAUUGCAUGGACACCAAACUUAACAAACUGGGCUAAUGUAUAAGAUCCCCAGGUGUUUGCUUUUCAAAUAUUUUAUUGUGUUUGUAUUGCGGUUUAAGUCAAUAAUGUUCUGGUAGAGUAUAUUGUCUUUGACAGUAUAUUGUUCCUUUUAUUCUUGAUGAUAUUCUCUGAAUGACAUAAUGCAUUUUUGUUUUUUUAAAUUGCAUAUUUUUGAGGUAAAAAAUUCUCUCUUUUUUCUUCUUAUUAAAUACUGUUUAACUCAUUUACCCCUGAAGACACGUUUGAACUCUUCCAAUUCAGAGGUUGGAAUAUUUCAUUAUGAAACUUCAGGGGUGAAUGAGUUAAAUAGAAGGAAAUGGUUGAUUACUAUUGUGCUGAUACAUUUGUCUCUAUCAUUGAAGUUCUGGGAAACAGCUCGCUAUUUGUAUACUGUUACGUACGUACAGGCUAUGUGUCAUAGCAGAAAUCAUGAUUUUGCAACACACAGGCAAGUAUUUUAAACUCUAUUGGUGCAAAUUAAAUUGAACUUUAUCUUGGAGGCAGUACGUGUUGGUCGUUGUUAUAUGUUGGUGUGUGGUUAUGUAUGCUUCGUGUCGUUAAUGAAGCAGUUUUAAUUGUUGGUCGUUAGUCAAAUCAAUACUGUAACCUGUGGAGACCAUUUGUCUGUGCUAUAAUUUGAAACAAAUAUUGAGACAAUUUUUUCAAAUUUCAUAUUCAUAUCAUAUAGCAAAUAUUUAUCAGUGUAAAGAAAUCAUAGCAUCACAAAUCAUAGCAUCACAUUUGUUUAAAUCUUCUACAAAACAUUUGAAAUGAUGAACCGGAUAACAUAUACAUGGUACAUAAAUCACUUGGGAUAUUUUUUACCUACAUGCUUAUCAGAAUCAUUCAACAUAGAGAGAUUGUGUAGACUGAAUCAUUAAAAAUUAUUUGUUCAUGAUUUCAAUUGCUUAUAUUCUUCAAUCUGUUGAUUUCUAUCAAAAAUGAUUAUUUUACAAAAAUGAAGAGAGUUGAAUUACUCAGUCCCUGUAACUAACACUCUUCCUCAUUCUGAAACCAAACAUGCAGAAAUGUUAUAUUUAGUUCUACAUUAUCUGUAAAUAGUCUUUUCAAAUACAAAUCGAAUGCGUAGAGGGGUGUAAUGCUUUACUGGGCUAUAUCCAGUGACAAAAUAAGUCUUGUACUUGUAUUUCAAUUUCAUGUAAUUUCAAUGUAUGUAAUGUUAACCAUACUAUUUUUAGAUUUCUUCUAUGACAUACGUUUCCAUAAAAACGCUUCAUGAUGAUUUUCAUCGUGAUCGUAAGUUUAAGAUCUUGCCAUCUCAUUUCCCAAUCUAUCAAUAAAUGUAUAUAAAGUGUGAGUGUAGAUAUGAAACUAACAUUAGAUACCAUAUUAAUAAUUAUACGACUUUAAACAGAUUUUAUUUGAUGUCUUUGUUGUUGUAAUCCUCUUUCGGGUAAACAGGCGAACUGUACAUACAUCUAGUACAAAUGAACUGAUAUUCUGCUGCAUGAAAAUUGAUUACUGUGUUAACACAGAUUUAAAACAUGAAAAUUAACAUUAGAAGGGUUCUACUGUAGAAAACAUUAUUGACAAACAAUCGUUCUCUAAAUCAAAUCAUUUCUCAUUACCAUUAUUGUAUUCAGUUUUACAGAAUUUGUUGCUGUUUCUUUCAAUGUUGAUGACAAUACCAUAUUCCAAUAAAAGACAAAGACGGAAAAAAAUGUGUUCAUCUUUUUAUUUUUAAAAGAAUUCCCCAAAAUAGUUGUAAAAUAUUCAUUUGAAAUAUUAAAAUGAGCUUAGUGCAUAAACGUGACAACAGUUCAGAGAAAAUGGGCUCUUUCAACAUAUCGUACUCAAAAGCCAGAUUUUCAGAAAUGAAUUUUAUUUUCUCCAACUUUGCAAUAAAAUAUUGUCUUUGUUUACAGUCGAAAUGUUAAAAAGUCCAUAUAUAGAUAAUUUCUUUUAAGUUGUAAAUGUUUAACAUACAUAUAGACUCUCUGCCAUUUCACAAUACAUAUAUGUAUGUUAAACAUUUACAACUUAAAAGAAAUUAAGAUUAAACAAAAAGGUGGUUCAGAAUUAGGAUGACCAUUUUAAGUGUCUCCCAAAAAACUAUGUCUGAUCUACUUAAAUCAUAGAAAAAUGGAAAAUUAUGAAAUGUCAACAAAUCCAGAAUUCGAACUUAAAAUUGAUAAAAACAAGGCCAAAAUAUGAACAAAAGAAAUGACUCGCACGAAGACCAUUUAGAGAGGUCAAAGACAAUUAAGAUAAGAUGUUCCGGAAGGGUAAGCGUCACCUGCUCUUAAUAGUAAUAAGACGUCUCCAAAGCGAGAACCGGGCUAGUGACGGCGAAACAAGGUAUACUGAUUAGCAUACUAAAAAAAUAUCGAUCUUAAGCUUGCCCAUAGUCUUCUGAUCAACCUGUAUCUAUUGAAACGUUGUAGUAUUGUCCGUCAGUAGUCGUAUCGUGGAAACCACAAUAUUCAAAGCAAGUUCCUAUAUACCGAGUCAACCGACAUGUAAAUCCCGUGGGUUUAGAACAGGAAUGUAGCUAUCAGGAAAGGGAAAGUUUACGAUUGAAAAUCGAAAUUGUUUCAUUUAUUAUACGGCUAAUUUGUUAGGAACAUGUACAUAUUAUAUGAAGGCACACAUAUCAACAUUUAAGGCAUUUCGAUAUGCAUAGUAUAGAUGGACACAUUUAAAGAAUUUGUCGUUUUCUACUGGAUAUAAAAAGGAAUUAGAGCUUGCUAUUGUGAAUAAAACACACUUGACGAUACGCGUGUCAGUUGUUUCACUAUUAAAAUAUGAAGCUGUUGGCUUUGCGAAGCAAUUCGAUAAAUUGUCUUUUGAAAAAAAAGGUACAUACAAAAACAACUGAAAUUUCAUGGACGAAAGGAUGAAUUAGAAUCCAACUUAUACUCGAGGAAAGCUACACAUGGGUUGAUUUUCACUGAGUGUUCAUUAAGAAUGAACACGUGUCAAACCAAUGUGAAUAGCCCACUAUCCAAUUUUAUUGAAUUAAAGUCGUGCGCCAUAGUCGCCCAGUAUUGGAAUGUCUAAAUGAUAAUUCCAAGUUAUCUUGGCGUUUCAUUGAGUUAUAUGAGGUCUGAUAAAGUAAUGAAAAUGAAAAAAAGUAUUGGCGUCCUCAUACAGAACCCCCCAAAAAUGGUAUCAUAUGAUGCCUCUUAGUUUAAAUGAUGAAUUUGAAUGCAGUCAGUCAUACAGUCACUUCUUCAAAAGCAAAUAUGUAUACAUUAUCUUAUAACAAAUGAAAACAAAAUAUAUUACAGCUUCAACACACGCAUAAUCGAAUAAAAAAGGGAAGAAAUUGACAUGAUUAAACAUUGGAGAUGAACCAGCUAUACGGGAAGUGCACCGGUUCCUGCAACACGUUCAGCUCGAUCACCAUCAGUUCAACCGAUACAGCAAAUGUACACCAUAUAGACAAUUCCUUUAAGUAAUGAAUAUUUCUUUAGCAAAUGUUUUUAUGGUCUUAUAACACACAUUGCUAUUGAUGACAAACUUGAUAAAGCCCGGUAGGUUUUUAUGCAAGUUUGUCAGCAAUAAA